UCCAUCUCCCUCACCUCCAACCCUUCCUCCUCCUUUGCCUUCUCCCUCACCACCUCCUCCUUCUCUCCGUCCAACUGCUCCAGCUCUCCAUCGCCCUCCUCCCCUCCCUAUAACUUCUACGCCGUGCUGCUGGUGUUGCUGAUCUUCUGCGUGGUGUUCGGCAACGUGCUAGUUUGCGUGGCGGUGUCGCGUGAGCGCGCCCUCCAGACCACCACCAACUACCUCAUCGUCUCCCUGGCCGUGUCCGAUCUGCUGCUGGCCACCCUGGUCAUGCCCUGGGGCGUCUACCUGGAGGUGGUAGGGGAGUGGCGCUUCAGUCUCAUCCACUGUGACAUUCUCCUGACCCUGGACGUCAUGAUGUGUACUGCCAGCAUCCUCAACCUCUGUGCCAUCAGCAUCGACAGGUACACGGCGGUGGCAAUGCCCAUGCUGUAUAACACCAGAUACAGCUCCAGGAGGAGGGUGGCUCUGAUGAUUGCUGUCGUGUGGUUCCUCUCCUUCGCCAUCUCCUGCCCUCUGCUGUUUGGACUCAACAACACAGCCAGUCGGGAGGAGACCAAGUGUGCCUUCGCUGAUCCGUCCUUCGUGGUCUACUCAUCCGUGGCCUCCUUCUACGUUCCUUUCAUCGUGACCCUGCUGGUGUACGCCCAGAUCUGUGUGGUGCUGCGGAGGCGGGGCAGACGCACCGUGCCCCGCAGACAUGGCCUGCACCCACAGGGAGGAGGCAAGACUGGGGAGGGCCACAGGCACAGGAAGAAUAAGUGUACCCACCCCGAGGAUGUGAAGCUGUGCACUCUGAUCAUGAGGCCCCCCACCAAUGCCCCCCAACGCAAGAAAGUGAUGUUAGUGAAGGAGGCGGUGGUGCACCCCCUGGAGGAGGAGCCUGUGGGGCGUGGUUUCCUGUCCCAGUUAGACCAGAGCCUCCCCGCGCCUCACCCCCCUCCCCACUCCGGACGAGCCACCAAGAGCUCCCUUUCUAUCUCGGUGGCGCCUGCGCCCAUCCUGGUCCUGUCCCCGUCGGUGGCACCACGCUCUGCCCUCGUACCCCGCCGUGCCACCUUCGAGGAUGGCAUGAGUGGCCGCGAGCGAUGGAGGGAGCGCAAUGCAGACAGGGAGAAGGGAGCGAUGGCGAAGGAGAGGGUGAAAGGGACUCUGUCGCAGCAGAAGGAGAGGAAGGCAACGCAGAUGCUGGCUAUCGUGCUAGGUGUGUUCAUUAUCUGCUGGCUGCCCUUCUUCCUAACCCACGUGCUGAAGGCCCACUGUGGCAGCUGCUGUAUCUCGCCCACCCUCUACAGUGCUGUCACCUGGCUGGGCUACCUCAACAGUGCCGUCAACCCUGUCAUCUACACCACCUUCAACAUCGAGUUCCGCAAGGCCUUCAUCAAGAUCCUAAACUGCUGAGUACAGGGAAGGGGAGGGGGGAGGAAUGACAAGUUUGAAAAGUGUUUUAGUUGAGAGAGGCAAAAAAAGGUCAGAGACUAGAAAUAAAAGUAAAGAAGGGAAAGAGAGGGGUGAAA